GCCCCUAUAUGUAGAAUUGUAUUAAUCAAUAAGCGGCCAAAGUCAUUGGCCUAAUCUUGGAAGCUUCCUUUGUCACAGGGACAUACAUUCUAUGUUGCUAGCUUUGUUUAAGGAAAGAGCAGAAGAAACAGCUCAAUGGGGAACUGUUGGAGUCUUCAGUCAGGUUCUCCAAGUGGUAUUCCCAAUUCCAAUAAUGCCCAUGACCCCAACAAUCAAUCAGGGAGCAUUCAGUUUUCUUCUGGUUUCAGCAACGCGAAAUUGAUACAGAAUGGCAAUUCGACUUCUCUUGGACGUAGCAGCCACUCUGGAGGAACAAGCAGACUCUUUAGUAAUAAGUUCUCAACAGGGAACAAUACAAGUUCAUCCCUUUGGAGCUCUGAUAAUAGCCAAGCCUCUAGAUUAAGAGAUGAAGAAGAGUUUCCUAAUGGACAGAUCUUGGAUGCUGCAAACUUGAGAGUUUUUACUUUUGCAGAACUGAGAGCAGCCACUAAAAAUUUCAGAACUGACAGUGUGUUGGGAGAGGGAGGGUUUGGUACAGUAUUCCAGGGUUUGAUUAAGGACACAGCAGCAUCUGCAAGAGGUAAGGAGUUGACUAUUGCCAUCAAGAAAUUGAAUUCUGAAAGCAAGCAAGGAAUUGCAGAAUGGCAGUCAGAGGUGAAUUUCUUAGGAAGGCUUUCUCAUCCCAACCUUGUAAAGCUUUUGGGAUUCGGGCGAGAGGAUAGUGAGCUAUUUCUUGUGUAUGAAUUUAUGCACCGGGGAAGCUUGGAUAACCACUUAUUUGGAAGAGGUUCAACUGUUAGGCCACUUUCAUGGGACACAAGGCUAAAGGUUAUGAUUGGAGCAGCUAGGGGACUGAAUUUCCUUCACUCCUUGGAAAAGAAAAUUAUAUACAGAGACUUCAAGCCGUCAAAUAUAUUACUUGACGAGGCAUAUACAGCCAAGUUAUCAGACUUUGGCUUAGCCAAGACUGGGCCUUCUUAUGAUCACUCUCACGUAUCAACACAGGUUGUUGGAACACAUGGCUAUGCUGCUCCUGAGUACAUUGCCACAGGUCAUUUGUAUGUGAAAAGUGAUGUGUAUGGAUUUGGGAUUGUUUUGAUGGAGAUGCUAACCGGGAAGCGGAUAGGUGAUAUAAAGCACCUUUGUGAGAAAAAGUCCCUACAGGAUUGGCUUAAAUUAAAUCUACUGAAUAGAGGGAAAAUGAGAAUGAACAUGGAUGUAAAGUUGGAAGGGAAAUAUCCACCCAACUUAGCUUCAAAAGUAGCUCAACUCACUCUCAAAUGCAUCCAGGUAGAACCCAAAGUUAGGCCAUCAAUGAAAGAAGUUGUUGAAACACUGGAACAGAUUGAAGCAGCUAAUGAAAAACCAGCUGAUAACAGAAAAAAGACUAAUCAUUCCAGGGCAGUUCAACUACAUGGCCAGCCAGAUGGUGGCUAAUUCAACUUUGAACCGUCAACAUUAUAUUCUCUAGCAGCUGAUGAUUGUGGACUCAGAGCUCAUGGCUAAAAAGGCGCCUCCACCAGUGGCCUAAUGAUAUUGAGCUUGUACAAUAUAUAUAUGAUCCACAUAUAUUCCAACAGGACCUGAGAACAUGUUUGGAUCAGCUUAUUUUUCCUCAUAAUCAUUUCCAACACAGGAAGCUACUCACUGAAGCUUCUCCCUAUAAUUGAUUUUGGCUUUAGAAUCAAUUGUAGAAGGAUUACCAAACAUACCAUGAGGGUGAGGAUGACAUUUAGCUUUAAGUACACCCAAAUGCAGGAUUAAGAUAUAGAAUUCUCCCAUCAUUUAAGCAAGCAGGUCCCUUGUUCAUCUCCAAUUUCCCAAUUAUUUUCCCACUUAUUCUUGGAUUUUGUACUGUAUCAAUCUUUGAAAAUAGAUGUUCUUUACAUUUUUUUAUGUAAAAAAUAAAAAUAGAAUACUGAUUGAUCAUGUGCUCAAGUUGUGUCAUCUAAACUACGAGGAUAGUAAUGUAUUGUUUUUCAAGUA